AUGGACGUACCUACGAUUCUUACACCCCCGACACCUACACGGUCCUCGUCGCCAGAUCCUGCUCGACAGCUCUCCCGUUCUCCGCGCCCGUAUCGCCGCACAACUCUCCCCUCGAGUACGCCGCGUCCAUCAGCCGCAUCGAGCUCGCGAAGGGCCACAUACCUACCUUCGCCGCUUCCAACGCCGGAUAUCUCGCGCGCGCCGUCGCCACUACCUGGAGCGCGACGGAGACGAAAGGAAAGGUUGAGCGCAGGCGGAUCAGAGUCGGGAACUGAAGCGGACGAUGAGUUGACGAAGAGGUUGCCGGCGCCGCCGGGGAAGCGAAAACGAACUCUCUCGGAGGAGGAUACGUAUUAUGGAGAGGUGGAGGAGGAAGCGGAUGACCUAGACGGAAGAGGAAGAAGGAGGAAAAGAAGGGUAGAUGAAGAGAAUGGAGAGCGCAGGAGAAAAAGAAAAAGAAUUGUGUUUGUGAGGAGAGGAAUUGAAGUUGCGCUCAUGGGAAUGUUGGCGGGGGUGGUGGUUUAUGAUGGUGGUAGAGGAAAGGUGUGGAAGGAGAUUUUGGCGUGGAAGAUAGUUUUUGUCUCAAUUCUAGCUUUAUUUCCACUACAGAUUCUCUUAAGAAGUCUUCCCUUCGAGCUUCCUCAGUCUCUUGAUCCAGCACCGCUUCUUUAUCCUAUACUAUUUCCGAUUUUAGUUUCUCUUUCUCUCACUGAAGUCGGCGCUCCCGGGAGAAAUCAGUAUAUCCUCGCAAAUAUCAUACUUUCUCUUUCUUCCAUUCCUCCGAGCUUCCUAUCAUUUCCCGAUCUUCACUGGGUGCUUUCUCUCGUUCCACUUGUUCUUCGUCAACAUCUUUCUUCUGAAUUCACCCCCAGCGAUACAUACCCAUUCCUCCCUCCACUACAACACACACUUGUUGCAGUAUUAAACAACCUUUUAGAACCAUCCCUCACACAGACGGAAAUCCGUCUCAUUUCAGUAGCGCUCAUCAAUUUACUCCUUUAUGCGUCUACCCCUCAAGCCAUAAUUCUCAAAUCUAUUCUUUGGGGCGGAGGUCUUGCCACUCUAGUAAGCUGCUCCGACAUCAUUAAAUUCAAUAUCGACCUCGCCCGCGUACCUACCAACCGUCUUUUUCGGCGCGCCGGCAACACUGUCAUUACCAUCGCCCGCCUCCGAAAGCUUGCCUCAGCGCUCAGGCCCAAGGGCCAGGCCUCCGACAGCGAAACUGAAAUCGAACCCCUUCUUAUCCCCAAAGUCCCAGGUCGACCUCGUGCUAAAAGCAGAUCUAAUGUCUCCUAUUAUGCCACAUUAACACCUUCUCAAUACCGCCUUAGAAAAUGGGGCUAUCCACUUUUCGUAUAUACCAGCAUAUUCGCCACAGUAAUGCUAGGCCUACGGCCUUAUAUCGCACUACACGCUCUUGACGGUCUUGAUCCGUUUCUCUGGGCACCCAGCUACCUCCUCUGUGGCCAGCCCUUCUAUCAAUCCUUCGUUGAUACUUUCUCCCCGGGUACUGGCUACUGCGUCACCACCGGCUCCGCCGCUGCUGCGAAUCUCCGCCUCUCAAUUAUAGCCCUAUGGGCACUCAUCAUUGCCAUCGGAAUCACACUCGUCACAGCGCUAUCCCCUUAUGUACAAGUCGACACCCGCCGCAAGGUCUUUCAUGGCAUGGUUGUCGUCAUGUUUCUCAUUCCUGGAGUCCUCGACCCGCAAUUCACGCACCUAUGUCUCUCCCUUGCCCUUGGCGCCUUUAUAAUCCUGGACAUUGUCCGCGCUGGCCAGCUCCCUCCUGCCUCUAGAUUCAUUGCAAGGUUCCUACAGCCUUUUGUCGACGGACGCGAUCUCAAAGGGCCCGUCGUCGUCUCCCAUGUUUUCCUCCUCCUGGGCUGUGGCGCAGGAUGGUGGCUGACCCUCGCUGCAACCCCAGAAGGAGAUCCGUGGGACUGGAGCAACAGAACCACGAGCUUGGCAUUUGUCUCUGGUGUUGUAUCUGUGGGACUCGGCGACGCAGCGGCAUCGCUGAUAGGACGUAGGUUCGGACGUACCAAGUGGGGAUGGAGAGGCGGCAAGAGUAUCGAAGGGAGCCUGGCGUUUAUGACUGUCGUCGCAGCAGGAAUAGCAGUAGGAAGAUGGUGGAUUGGUGCCGGAACAUCGGGCUGUGGGCGCUGUGGGCCACUACAGCUGCAAUGGGAGUGGGAGGUUUGCGCAAAGAUUGUUGCGGUGGGGGCGUGGGGUAGUAUGGUGGAGGCGGUGGUCACUGGUGUUAAUGAUAAUGUGGUGGUGCCGGUGGGUGCUUGGAUAUUGGUUAUUGGAUUGGGUAUUUAG